AUGUUGGAUUUGUUUUAUUUUGUUCCAGACUCCCAGGCUCUGAAGGAGAACGCGAAAUCACCUUCGCCCACGGCCCUGCCUUCUCUGCCCACCACGGAGUCCCCUAAGCCAGCCCGGCCCCGCCGUCCACGGCCCCCCGCCGUCCUGCCCUCGGACCGCCCCUAUCAGUGUAAAGACUGCGGCAAGCGCUUCGUCUACCGCUCCAAGCUGGCCACCCACCAAUGGACCCACUGCGCCGAGCGCCCCUACAAAUGCCCCGAUUGCCCAAAGAGCUUCAGUUACCCAUCCAAGCUGGCGGCCCACCGCCGCACCCACACCGGGGAGCGCCCGUACCCCUGCACCUUGUGCCCCAAGCGCUUCGGACACCGCUCCAAGCUGGCCGCCCACCAGUGGAUCCAUACCCCGGAGCGCCCUUACAAAUGCGCCGAUUGCCCCAAGAGUUUCUGCUACCCGUCCAAGCUGGCGGCCCACCGCCGAACGCACACGGGGCAACGGCCCUACCCUUGCAACCGCUGCGGGAAGAGCUUUUGCUACCCGUCCAAGCUGGCGGCCCACCAGCAGAUCCACGCGGCGGCGGCAGCCGGGCGGCCCUACCCGUGCAUGCGCUGCAGCAAAAGCUUCCGCCAGCUCCGCAACCUCACGCUGCACCAGCGGGUCCACGAAGAUGGGGAAGUGGGGGAUGACUUAUCCCAAACCAAGGGUCACAGCAAUGGAGAGAGGCCCUAGGGGCCAGCGCUUAAGAACCCCGAUAACAUUGGGGGCAAAGGGAGGAAGUCGAUUCAUUGGGAUGCUCGGUGGAUCAUUGUAAAUAGUCAAGUAUGUUAGUCAGGGAGGGAGGGAGGCGGCUUUGGGAGUUACGCAGACCUGCCCUUCAAUGCCCUGUCACUUCUCAGUCUGCAAGGUUAAAGGUCCUAUCACUCCCCCCACUCCACUGUGCC